AUGCGCUGCCUCAGCAGCGUCACGCUGCCGGCGCCGGACGGUGCGAUUACGCUCAGCUUGGCCUGUGACGGCGGUAGCGGCGUCGCUUGCGGGUCGUGGUGGCGGUGGUCCGUGGCGGUGGUCACAUCCCUCGCGGAUAGCUCCGUGCGUUCCGCGUCUUCUUACUCCGCGGCGGCGGCGGCGGAGGCGGCGGCGGCGGGAGUGGUACAGGAAGACGCCGGUGGAGAAGCCGUAGCCUUCUUCCCUGGAGGAGGGGGAGGUGCCGACGAGCUUGUUGGGGGAGGGGGUGACGGCGAAUGGGAUCCGGUACCGGUGGGAGGUAUGGAGUGCGAGCCGCCGACGUCCAUGGCACCGUACUUCAACCUCUUCCUGGCCGUGUGGGCUACGCUGUUCCUGGUGCUGUGGCAGCGACGGAGUUCCACACUGGCGUUUCGAUGGGGGGUGCACAAGGAGGACACGAUAGAGCGCGCCAAGUUCAUGGUGGGCUGGAAGCGGCCUGGCCGAGCGGGCAUGACCCCAGAGGGGGCCCUCCAGCGACAGACGUCCUUCUCCUCCUCCACCUCCACCUCCACCGCCCCCGCCACGACGCUCACCGGCAGCACCGACAGCAUUCGCAGCACCGACAGCGUUCGCAGCAGCAGCAGCAGCAGCAGCGGUAGCGCAAGGAUGCUCGCUCGAGCCGGGCUAAGACGGCAAUGCGCCACCGGGUGUUUCCGGGCGACGGCGGCGGCGGCGGCGGCGGCAGCUGCGGCCGCCCCCGCCAGCAAGCGCAGCUGGUCUGGCGCCGCCGGCAGAGGCGGGGGUAGGGGGAGUGGGAGCGCAUCGGGAGUGAGAGAGGACGGGCUGGAGGGGGGCGCUUGGGAGCCGCUGCGGACUGCGAGGCUGUUUGUGUCGUGGUCGCUGGAGGCGGUGCUACUCUACCUGGCGAUUAGGAUGAUGCUGUGGUUCGCGUGGUUGGAGGUACGAUCCCUCGAGAAGUUUGGCGAAGGAAGCUUGGGUUUCCGCCUCGUCAGAACCGCUUCUGUCAUCCUCCCGUCAACCUUCUACGACAUGCACUGGAAGUGGGCGCAUGCGUUGACGUCCUGGGAGGACCACGUCACCGAGGCCAGCGCGGAGAACAGCAUGACCGUCAAGCGCUUCACAUUCAGAUGCGUCAACAGCUACUCGAGGCUCUUCUACCUCGGAUUCUGGCAGAGGGACUUGGAGGGGCUGAAGGAGAUGCUCAUGACGGUGCUCAUCACUCGCUCUUUCAUGGACGCGCUUCAGGAGAUGGUGGCGCCGAUGAUCCAGGUCUACUGGAGGACUCGUCUGCAGCGCGCGACCGCCCCAACCAAUGGAACCGCCUUCGUCACGCACAAGACACAGCACCAACUGCAGCAGCAGCAGCAGCAGCAGCAGCAGCAGGGGGCCACUCGCAGGCGAGGGUGGCUGCCGUUCUCAUCGCGCCAGCAACCACGAGAACAGAAAAACCGCAGGAACCCCGAGGUGUCCUGUCGCAGAGGGGAGAUCGGGUGCGCAGCAAAGAAGCUGGCCUACAGGAAGGCGCUCAUGCACGAGAGGAUGCUUCCGGAGUACCACACCCAGCGAGAGUACCUGGACCUGAUGGUGCAGUACGGCUACGUGACGAUGUUCGCGGUGGCCUAUCCAUUGGCCCCUCUCCUGGCCCUCGUGCGGUGCCUGGCCGAGAUCUACAUCGACCACCGGAAGCUCCUCCGCUGCAGGCGCCCGGCUUACGUGGACAGGUCGAGCAUCGGGGCGUGGUACGGCGUCCUGGAGUUUGUGGGCAAUGCGAGCGUACUUACCAACUGCCUUCUGCUGGCACUGACGGCGGAGAAGCUACGGAUGUACGUCCCGAUGCCUCUGGUGACUCAGUUCCCGAACACGAAGUACAUUGUGAUGGCGGUGUUCGCCGAGCACAUGAUCCUUGGAGUGAAGGCGACCGUCCGCAUUCUCAUCGACGACGUACCCGAUGGGGUGGAGAAGGCCAUGGCGGAGGAGCUCUUGCACGACCAAGAAGAGAGCCGGCGCAAGGUGGAGGACGCGCUUGGAUUCUCGGAGGACGUGGCAUCAACGCACGUGACAAUCAUACGGCAGCAGCAGCAGCAGCAGCAGCAGCAGCAGCAGCAGACGCGGCAGGUUGGGCGCGGCGACGUUGCUAACGGCAACGGCUACCCUCCGUCUACGCCUGAACGAAAAACGCGAGGCGGCGGCGACAGCAGCAGGACGGUGGGGGACAUCUCGGCGUCGUCCGUGCACAUGCUGUCUUCCUCUCCGAGCAAGGCGGCGACGACGGUGACUGUCGAGCGUAGCAAGACGACGCCCGUGAAUAAUCCACAGCAGCAGCAGAAGCAGCAGCAGCUUCGGCAGCGGCCGUCCAACACCCGUCACGACAACUCUUUCUUCGCCACGCCCCCCGUAAGCACUCCCUCAUCUCCGCGCUCACACACCAGCAAGCAGCAGCAGCAGCAGCAGCAACCGAAGCCAAAACCACGGCGCAGGAUAUGGUCCCGUCGAAGUUCCCCGACGGCGGUAUUGGUCUUCCCAGGCGACGACAACGGCGAGCGGAACGCGGAGGAGCAAGGCAGCAGCGAGAACGGCUUCAACCUUGGAAACGGUGGCGGUAGCGCCAACGACCCGAGGUUGCUGCCGCUGUCCUCGAGGGGGAGCGGGAGCGAAGACGGCCGUGGUGGGGGCCGUCUUCACAGCCCCGGCGGCGGCAGCCCGGGGGGAUGGAGCGACGUCGGGGCUAGCCGAGGGCGAGCGGUGAUGGGUAAGGGGUGGGGGUCGGCGUCGGUGGACGGCGGAGAGGGCGGGUCUUCCCAGUGGAAGGAGGCGGGUUCGGCGGCGGCGAUGCGCCGGUCGGUGUUCUCGCAGUCCGGUACAGGCCCGCGGCGGCGGAUUAGCUUCCGGAGCAGCGGCAGCUCCUCUUGAGUGUUUCUGGUCGUCCUCUAUCUUGUUGUAUCUGUAGAAUGCCUUACGAGCUCGCUAUUUUUGUAGGAAUGUGCGACUGAAGGGUCGCAGUGUU